UACUUAGUUAUUGUUGUCUGCUUCACAGAAGCGUAAGCAAGCGCCAGUUUUCAUUGAAUGGGAAAGCAUUUAUCGUUUAUUCGAUUCAAAUAACGGAAAAUAAACACAAAAUGGACCAUUGACAGGUAUCUCUUUCGGAGAAACACUAGAUCUAAACGGCAGAGGCUAUAAGCAGGUGUUGUUGGUGGGGUGCCCGUGGAGAGAGAGAUGCGAGACAGUGGAGACAGCUUGGCACAGAACCACUGGACCAAUGAGCUGACACUGGCAGGGGACCCUGAGACAGUCAGACAGGAGGCCACUGGACCAGGAUAUCUGUUGGACUCCAGAACGCCUCACCAUGUCCAUAGAAGUUCCAUGCAUUUCAAGCUAGGACGGCCUGAGGAGGAAGCUAGCAUGUGGGGCAUGGAAGAACGUAUGGAUAUGGACCACGGUGAAGAGGAUAAGGAGGAGGAUUUCAGUUGGGAAGAACCAGGAGAGGAUGAUUGGACUGCACCACUUCUAUCGCCAUCACAUCAUCAGAGUAGAUCCACAGCCAGUGACUCUGGUAGCCCCUCACAAAUAAAAACACAGCCCAAUGGGUUCAGGAUGCGGAGGCUGCUGCGCUGGUAUAGACUCAGUAGGACUGUGAACCGCCGCACUCGCUUGGCCCUGCAUUGGAGGACAUGGUGCCAGCUGGCUAAAUGGGCUGGGUCUUUGGGCCUGGGGUACAAGCGAACUAGGCCUAGGAGGUGGCACCUCAGGAGCAGGAACAAACAUCUCCACAACAGACAGAAGCCAGGAAGAUCCUGUCUGCGUGGGGGAACUCAGGGCUGCUUUAAGGGAAGGGAAGAUAUAGAGGCUGGAGAUGACCCUUGGGUGUGUGGGACAAAUGGACACAUAGGGAAUGAGGUGGCGAGUAAUGCAGCCAAGGUUGCGGACAGGGACGGGCUGGGCUUCCGGGAGUCGCCUAUAGGCCUGCCAACCAUCCACAGGGAUAAACCAAAACCACCACCUCAGCAGCAACUCAGCAGUGAACACAUCUCCUGUGUACAAGGUAUGUUGAAUGAAUUCCUGCACCAGUACGGGAGCAUGAUCCCUAUCCAUGUGGAUGAGGUGGUGGACAAGCUACAGGACAUCUUCCCCAGCAAGAACUUCUCCGAUCCACACAGGAGAGUUGUUGUGCAGCACCUCAUCCAGUCUUACCAGCGUCUGUCUGGGACUGCCAUGGUGAGGGGGUUCCGUGUCAACUACAAGCGCCACACCCUCACAAUGGAUGACCUCAGCACAUUGUAUGGACAGAACUGGCUCAAUGACCAGAUCAUGAACAUGUAUGGGGAUAUGGUUAUGGACACAGUCCCAGAAGAGGUUCAUUUUUUCAACAGCUUUUUUUACGACAAGUUGAGGACAAAGGGCUACGACGGGGUCAAACGGUGGACAAAAAAUGUGAAUAUUUUCCAGAAGAGGCUACUGUUGAUCCCUAUCCAUCUGGAGGUGCACUGGUCUCUGGUGUGUGUGGACGUCCCACAGCGCGCCAUCACAUACUUUGACUCCCAGCGCACCCUCAACCGCCGCUGCCCAAAGCACAUUGCAAAAUACUUACAAGCUGAGGCAAUCAAGAAAGAGCAGAAGGAUUUUAUCACAGGGUGGAAGGGUUUCUUCAAAAUGAACGUGGGCAGGCAGAACAAUGACAGCGACUGCGGAGCAUUUGUCCUCCAGUACUGUAAGUGCCUAGCCUUAGAGCAGCCUUUCAGUUUUGGCCAGCUGGAUAUGCCAAAGCUAAGGAGACUCAUGUACAAAGAGUUGUGUCAUUGCAAGCUCUCACUGUGAGUUUGAAUGAAAGAACUAUCGUAGAACGAAAGAAGACGAAGACUAUUCACCCUUCCCUUCCCCCAGCUCUCUAGGCAGAUAUGUUUUUUACAAGAUGGACAUUGUUGCAUUUUUAUUUUCUAUCUGUUUAUUUUCCUUUUUGAUAUAAGUAAACUGUACUCCUAUGAGGAUACUAAACAAAAGAACGGUUGUUGCACUUAGAGUAGGAGAUUAUUAUAAUAUUUUUUUAAAUAUAUUUUAACAUAUUUAACUUUUUCUCCCCAAUUUUGUGAUAUCCAAUUGCGAUCUUGUCUCAUCACUGCAACUCCCUAACGGGCUCGGGGAGGUGAAGGUCGGGUCAUGCGUCCUCCGAAACAUGACCCGCCAAACUGCUCUUCUUAACACCCGCCCUCUUAACCCAGAAGCCAGCCUCA